AUGCGAUCUCUCUUUCUGCUCAGCCUGGUGUCGCUACUCCUGUACACCAAUGCCUUAGCGACCGAUAUUCUCUACUGGCCCCUGGGCUCAGAGCCCUCUCUCCUCGCCCGCGUCUCCUACGACCCGACCUCGUUGAAAACCGACGUUGCCUUCCACCCCCCGAACCCGACAGCGGACCUGGUUCGGAUUGGCCUCUACACCAACAAGCAAUGGGUUGGCAGUCUUGUCGCUGCCUCCUCAUUGACCGACAAUCCAACCUUCCGCCUCCACCUCGAUGCCGCGAACGAGGUCUACCACGUUUCCCUCUCCUCCGACGAGUUCGCAACGACCCAGGUCGACCUGGUGUUCGAUGAACCUGGCACACGGCCUCAUUUGAACCGACCAAUUGUGGUUGGGCCGGAUGGUGCCACCCCAGAGCCGGAAGAGAAGACCCUGCUGCAAAAGUAA